UUCGUGUUUUCACUUGCGCUUGCCUGUCUGCCAGCCUGCCAGUGUGCCUGCCUGUGCUCAGCGUCAGAAAGAGAGAGGGUGAGAGGAGCCUGUGUCGUUUGUCGCAGUCGUCGUCUAGUGGUUGUUUUUUUUCGUCAAUUGAUUAUGGUGUGAGAUUUUCCUACUUCCCCAUUCAGCAGUCAGUGGGUCGUUGUCAUUGCGCGAAGAAACAACAGUAACAGUAGCAGCAAAAAGGAAAACAAUAGUUGGUGCAGUUCGCGAAACGCACACAAAAUACAAACUAACGCACACCGGGAGUCAUCCUUUAUCGGUCGUAGACGGUUUGUGUGUCCUGUUCGAUGAUCGAAACCGGCUGGUUGCCCCCAAUAGUAUGCAGAAAAGUGUGUAGUACUAUUACACCGUGCGUAGUGUUUAAUAACAAGGAAUAAAAGAAAAUAAAAGAAAAUACGCGAAGCAAAUCGUGUAGAAAACAAGAAAAGCAAACAGGACGACCUGAAGGAAACGGAAGAAGGCACUUGUCUGAAAGUUUAAUGUGGUUAAGGCAGUUUUCGUUACGAAACGUGGAGCAAAUCGACUUUUGUCACGCGGGCGACCACGAAUCAAUCAAACAAAUGUUACUGAAAGUAUUUAUUUGAAUAGUGAACAGAAGAAAAGUUUUGAAGAGAACAGCACUUUGUGACAGGCAGUUUAGAGCACGGGUACAAAUCUACCCGAUUUAUCGUGAAAAAAUAGUGAACGUAGUAACCAAGUGUAUGCAAAAUUGGGCAAUGUGGUUCACGACUUUGUUGAAAAUUCCGAAAAGUGUAGCACGUGGAGAGCAUGAAUAGGAUUAACAGUCACAAAGGAAGGGUCCGAUCGGUGCGGCGCGCGUUAUGAGCUCGUGAAAUUCGCAUCCACCGCGCGUAUAAUUUCAGUUUUUGCAACCAAGUUGUUCAGUUACAUACCCUUCCUUGAGAGUAGAAAUCUCAAUUACGAAAGCCAGUGAAUAGUACAAAUUUUUCGAUAAUUUUUCUCGUAUAAGUUAACGUAAUUUAUUUCGCCAACCGCGGAAGUAAAGAACCAACACCACAAAGUGUGAUAUAUUAGAGAGAAAUAAAAGGCUCGGAUAACGUGAAAAGCAAUCAACUGUACCACCAACCUCCUGAACUAGUAUUGGAUACUCCACACAGCUAAAAAUCAGCUAAAUGGAAUUAGCACGUAAAAGAUAUAAAAGUAGCCGGGGUCCGGUGCUAAGGUCAAGCGAACGUCGCCGUCCACAGAGUAUAUCGUCAUCCACCUCCACAUUGCUGCCCCGAGUGGUGCUCAACCGCAUAGAUCCUCGCGAGUUCGAUCGUAUCCGCGUCUCAUACAAGGUUGCCAUCCGCAGCACCCGCAACAGUCGUACCAGCAGUAGUGUUCACCCUGGUAUGACAAUGGGCCAAAAGAUUAGCGGAGGUGUUAAAACGGUCAGCAGCCGCGACCAACCAUCGCCAUUCAUUCCGAAGAUUCCUCGCGAACUAGCAGCGCACUUCCAGCGGCCAGCUCGUCUCGAUCUCCUGCUUGACAUGCCCCCGGUAGCACGGGAAACUCAGGUCAAGUACUCCUGGAAUUCGGAGGAUCGCUCGCUGAACGUGUUCGUGAAGGAGGAUGACAAGAUGACAUUCCACCGGCAUCCGGUGGCGCAGAGCACAGACUGUAUACGAGGCAAGGUGGGCUUCACGAAGGGUCUACACGUGUGGGAAGUGUUCUGGUCGACGCGGCAGCGCGGUACUCAUGCUGUGAUCGGUGUUGCCACCUCUGAGGCACCACUACACUCCGUAGGUUAUCAAAGUUUAGUCGGAUCUAACGACCAGAGCUGGGGCUGGGACCUGGGGCGCAAUAUGCUGUAUCACAACUCGAAAACCUGCCCCGGCGUGACGUACCCUGCGAUACUGAAACCAGACGAGACCUUCCUAGUGCCGGACAAAUUCCUGGUGGCGUUAGAUAUGGACGAGGGCACGCUCAGCUUCAUCGUCGACGGCCAGUAUCUGGGGGUGGCAUUCCGGGGGCUGAAGGGCCGAAAGUUGUACCCGAUCGUGUCCGCCGUCUGGGGGCACUGCGAAAUUACGAUGAAAUACAUCGGUGGCCUCGAUCCCGAACCGCUGCCACUGAUGGACCUCUGCCGACGAGUCAUCCGUCAAAAGAUCGGCCGGACGCACCUUGAGGAACGCAUCGAACACCUCCAGCUGCCGCAGUCAAUGAAAACCUAUCUGCUGUAUCGGGACCGAAGAUAAUAGGAAACCCAAUAGCCGACUAUUAAUUAUUUAAUAAAAAUAAUUAUCGCUUACUAUUAUUAUUAUUGGCUAGAUAUUAAUUUCUCCUCUCGGAUUAACGGAACACGUAGAGACGCGCGAGGACUAGAAUGGUGACGAAAGCCGGUCGGGUUAGCGCGUGACUUGUAAUUGAUAACAUGCUAGGCAACGUGUUCUAUCUGAGCUUUCAGGAUAGGAAAAAAAAGUAAUACAAUGAUAGUUUUCGGUUCUGUUCGCCAGCAAACUGACAGACUUUGUGCGAAUAGGGAUUUCGAUUCCGCCACUCCCAACAAUCUCACAAACACUUUUUUUUAAUAUACGGACUCUGCGAUAAGUAAAACUUAAGGGAAAUAGUAACACUAGGAGAAAAAAAAAACAGAUGAAGUAACAAAAAUUUAAGUAUAUAUAUUGGAGAAAAAUAUAUGGAAAAAGGCAAAAAUAUUUUCACUUUUAAAAAGCUGUAAAAAGGAAGGAAGAAAACUUGUAAGAUAGAAUAAUUCGAAAUCAAAAAGCGCAAACUACACUUUUUUGAUUUCAGCAAUUGUAAAAUAACUAAGAGAGGAAAAUGGCUGAAUUUCCCUUCCAAACCUUGGAUCCCCUCCGUACACCCUCAUCUUAUUCCUUUUUGAGUAAGCUCAGCAAAAGGCAUAAUGUGUUCUGUUUUUUAAGCUUUUAAUCUGUAACAUAUAGAUCAUCGCAAGUGAAAAACCGCAAGCAAACGUCGAAACAGACUAAGAAAUAGUUUAAACAAGAAAACAAAUCGCUAAAUUUUUGCAUUUAUCACCUGAAGCGGGGCUGCGCAUUCGCAUCUCGGCCGAAGAUGAUCUGUUCUUCCAACAAGAGAAAAAAAACCAUCGUUUGAAACGGCAAUUCGUGUUAGGAAAGAGGCCAGAUAAAAUGUACUAUUUAUUUACAAUACAAGUCUAAGUAAACAAUCACAACAUUUGCACACCCCCAAAAGUUGAGGGCCCUGGAGAUUUUUUCGGUUGGGUGAAAUUCAGGUACACAAUAGAACAUUCUACUGCCAUCGAUCCUUGUGGUAGAAUGAUGUAAAGACCCAAUCGCAUCAGUCUCUCAAAAGUCUGCACGACUCUGGAAUUAACGCGAAUGACCGAAUGCAAAAUAUACAAAUAAAAAAAAAAAGAAAACAAAACGAAUAAAGUACCAGAAUCUGUUCGCAGCAAUAACAACAACAACCGACUUUUGCAUUUCUUUCUUUCUUUUUGUAGAAGUUUAUUAGGAUGUAACCUUAGCAAGCACACAGAGAGUAAACAAAGAAAAACGAAAUAGAAAACGAAUCGAAAAUUGACAAAAUUAAAAAAGGAACACAACAAGGAUAAGACAGACAAGAAAUCCGUGUGAUUUUUUUAUUAUUAUUUGAAGUGAUUUAAAUUUAGAUUGAUUAAAUACAACUUUAUACAACUAACAUGAAAGUGAGAUAUUGGCUAACACUGAUGAAUAGAGUGAGAACGAAUGUGCGUGAAAGGCAACAGAUAGGAAGCAACCAGACACACAAAUAAGUUAAUUGGUAGAAGUGAAAAAAGUGAUCGAUGAGGAGAAGCAAGGAAACUGUAGUUUUGUAAGAAUAUUCAUUAUGAGCGUGAGUGAGCGAGACACGAAAAUUGCAUCCAAGUAGGCGAGUAAUGUUUUCAUUUUUUUUCCAAUGUGAGCGCGAUUGUGGAUGAACGUGAAUGCGAGAGGCUCAGUCAAAGUGGGACUAUUCUACUAGCAGUAUGAAGCAAAUAAGUGAAACAGAAAACAAAACUAUCGAAUUAGUUGCGAAAGUCGAUCAAAUCACAGAACAUUUCGAUUACAUAUAUUGAGAAACGCAAACUAGAAAUACCGAACAAGGACGAUGCAACAGGGGAGCUUCCUAGUCGGUCGAUCACAGUGAGAAAAGCCAAUUUUGGAUGACUCUUGUUUUCGAAGAGUGCGUAGAUUCACGACGAUACUAAAUGAACGGCAAAUUGACCGACUACAGCAACCCGAUGGCAUGAACAAAUGAGAAUAAUUUGAAUGAAUCCUCCGUCUUUAAUUUCUUCUCUUUAAAACAGCCUUACUGCUGGAAGCUGAAUCAUUCAGUUUGGUUGAAACGUUUUCAGUAAUUCAGCAAUAAGGACAAAAGUGUAACUUUGGCAGCUUUACAAAUGCACGAUUUAGUCGCCUUCUGAACAGUUCCUUCUGCACGGAUCGCCGCGGAAACGGGCAGUAACCGACUAUUUUAUUUAUUGUUAACCGGAAAUUCUUGUUGCCAUAAAUCAAACCGACAUCACAUCGUAGUUACUGCAAAAUGAUACCAAUAGAGAGGGAAAGAGAAAAUUAAACACAGCGGAAGGAGCAGUGCAGAGGAAAGUUUGAAAUUGCAGAGAUUAUGAGUUUUGUACAAACAUCGCAAAAGAAAAAGUGAAAUCCGACAGAAAUGCCAACAAAUUGUGAAGUGAUUUGUCCUAUUUUUAGGUUUCUUUGUAUAAAAAUCCCCCUUCUCUUCUGUUUAUCUCUUUUUCUUUGUUCAAUUUAUUUUCAUUUUUGAUUAUUAUAGUAUAAAAUGCUUAAAACAAGAGAAAUAGUCAAAAUAUAGAUAAAUGAUUUUUAUA